AUGGACAGCCCGCUAUCAAUCUCUUGCCGAGAAACGCUCCAGCCCUUGGAUGUCAUGACUACGAGCAGAAAGCCCAAGUUGUCUCUCAAGACUUCAGGUCUCACGCCCAGUUACAACGUAUCCAUGGCUAGUCGGAAUGCCGCCAGCACAGAUGCGAUCACCACGCCAACUACUAUGAACACUUAUGUCAAUACAUUCGAUCUUGCGCACCGCCCCUCACCAGUUUCCACAAUCCCGUCCCCCGCGACACAGGUCCAGCAAAUAGCGACCGGUCAUCCGCCGUCCCCUACGACGACCUCCCCUGGUCAACCAUAUAGUGUCGACUUGCCGUACGGGCUGCGUCCAAUCUUAAAAAAUAGUCCUUUGCCCAAGGAUCUUCGUCGUCCAUCAUGCUGCUCUGCCAGUCCAACCAGUUGGGUGCCCGGGCGGCGAAUCUUUUUCCCGCCGCCAAAGAAGGUGACGUUCCGGGUGAUCUUGGAAGAGGAGAUCGUUACGACAGACUACGUGAGAUGCCAUGUAGAUCUCAGCACCUCCGAAGAUGACACUUGUCUCUCCGAGGUCGAAGAAGAGAGCAUUGCCUCUACCGGAGAUGAUGGGAAGGGGUUGGAAGAACGGGUAGUUCACGUGGAUGAAUAUUCUACAUGCGGGGGGAGGAAGAGGAAGUCUACAACGUCUUCUGACGCCGUUACUGGAGACUGGAGGCGCGGCAGAGAAGAGAGGCCGAGGAGCAAGUGCGCUCGAAGAAGAAAGCGGAAGAGGAGGAGAUGGGAGUUGAGUGCAGAGUUGGGUCUUGGUGGGAAUGGCACGCCAGCUCGACAGGAAGGUGAGCGUGUGAAGGUGGAAGCCUUUAUAGAUUCGCAGCCCAGACCACCAGAUGAGCGUACGGAGGCGCUCGCAGCAGACGUUGAACAGGUGUGA